AUGGCCAACUUGAAAAUGAAAUCAUCGACAUCGUCUUCAGACGAAAACCCACUCAUUGUCGUUCAAUCAUCCAAAGAUAAUAAGGGUACUAGCAAUAGUUUGUCAUCCAUCGGUGAACGAAAAGUAUAUAUUCAUGUGGAAACGAUGCGACAGCGAAAAAUUUGUACCGGAGAUUAUGUGUUGAUUCGUCAGUUUAAAAAUGACGAUAACGAGUUACUUGAUGAUCAAGCUGUUAUAACUUCAACAGUUGGUGUAGCGUGGCCAUCGUUUACAAUACAACCUAAUGAAAUCCAACUAUCGAAAACACAAUGUGAGAAUGCACAUCUUGAAAUAAACGAUUUCGCUCUGGUCUCUCGGAUUGAGAAAUCGGUCGUGGCCGCAGCGAAAAUAGUAUUGGCGCCAGUAGAGGUGCCUGAUUUUCCAAUAAAUCAGAUUUUGCAUAUUUUUAUGAAGGAAACACUCGUAAAUCUAAAGUAUUUGUUGUCUACGAAUCUUGUCCAAGUUCAAUAUCACGGUAAAAUUCGUCAGUUUCAGGUCGUUGAUAUUCAAUCGAAUUUCACGAAUUUUGGAGAAAAUACUAGCAUUUCGUUACCCGAGUCGAUCUAUACGAUAAGCCGCGAUACCAAAGUGACAAUUUUGGUGAAUCCUCGACACGCCACAACAUCGAAAGAUGUUAGCACAAAUUUGAAAUCGAAGGGAGUCGGUUUCAAAUCUAUAGGCGGGCUUUCAAAGGAAAUCCAGAUUGUUCGAGAAAUGGUUGAAUUGCCAUUCACAAAUCCCGAGCUUUUUGAUUACUAUGGUGUUCAGCCUCCCAAAGGUAUUUUAUUGCAUGGACCACCAGGCACAGGCAAAACCUUAAUAGCUCGAGCAGUUGCGGCUGAGACUGGUGCUCAUUUAGUUCUGAUUAACGGUCCGGAAAUUUUCGGCAAAUUUCAUGGUGAGACGGAAACAAAGCUACGGGAAUUAUUUGAGGAAGCAAGAGAAAACUCGCCUUCUAUAAUAUUCAUUGAUGAAAUUGAUGCUUUAUGUACUAGUCGAGAUGAGGCUGACAAUGAAUCGGAAAAACGUAUCGUUGCUACAUUAUUGACGCUCAUGGACGGUAUUUCUAGCAAAAAAUCUGGGAACCAACAAGAUCGAAUUGUCAUUGUUGGCGCAACGAAUCGUCCAAAUUCAUUAGAUCGGGCAUUAAGAAGGCCGGGAAGAUUUGAUAGAGAAAUUGAAAUUGGCAUUCCAAAUGCAGAUUCUCGGGUUGAAAUUUUUCGUACAUUGCUCGAGACAAUACCGAACGAUUUGACGAAUGAAAAUGUGGAGAAAUUGGCUGCUAAAUCUCAUGGAUAUGUGGGUGCGGAUUUGGCGGCUGUUUGUCGCGAAGCUGGGCUGAAAGCUCUAAAACGAAUCAUUAAAUCUGACGGCCAAGUCGAUAUAAAACUUACGAUGCCAGAUAUGGAAUCCGCGAUGAAUGAGAUUCGGCCAAGUGCUAUGCGAGAGAUUAUUCUUGAAGUGCCAAAAGUUUAUUGGAAUGAUAUUGGUGGACAAGAAGAAAUCAAACAAAAAUUUAAAGAAUCGGUUGAAUGGCCAUUAAAGCAUCCUGAAAUGUUUACUCGAUUUUCAAUUCAUCCUCCAAAGGGUAUUUUGCUUUAUGGACCACCAGGAUGUAGUAAGACUUUAAUGGCAAAGGCUUUGGCUACCGAAGCUGGGUUAAAUUUUAUUACGGUUAAAGGACCAGAGUUAUUGAGCAAGUGGGUUGGCGAAUCAGAAAAAGCUAUUAGAGAAGUAUUUCGAAAAGCACGCGCGGCGGCACCUUCUAUUGUUUUCUUCGACGAAAUUGAUGCUUUGACUAUAAAGCGAGGUGGUUCAGGUCAAAUAUCCGUAGCUGAUCGCGUUCUCUCACAAUUGCUGAAUGAGAUGGACGGUAUCGAACCACUUGUUAAUGUGACAAUAGUGGCAGCUACAAAUCGGCCUGAUGUAAUGGAUAAAGCACUAAUUCGACCAGGGAGAUUCGACCGUAUACUGUAUGUAGGUCCACCCGAUUUAUUGUCACGACGCGAAAUAUUUCGAAUUCAGUUGCAAAAGAUGUCUGUUGCUGAGGACUUAGAUGUUGAGGAGUUAGCGGAGAAAACUGAGGGAUGUUCAGGCGCGGAAAUUGUUGCGUUGUGUCAAGAAGCGGGAUUACUCGCAAUGGAAGAAGAUUUGGAGGCCACGGAAAUACAUCAUCGUCAUUUUCUUAAAGCAAUAGAAUCUUGCACUAGACGUAUUUCGUCAGAGAUGCUCGCAUAUUACGAAGAGUUUCGUAGAAAUUCAAAUGUACGGAGUUUGUAA